AUGGUUAGCCUUGAGGUGGAGAGAACAACAACAGGAUGGGCUGCAAGAGACUCGUCUGGGAUUCUCUCACCCUACACCUACACUCUUAGAAACACUGGGCCGGAAGAUGUUUACAUCAAAGUCCUAUUCUGUGGAGUUUGCCACACUGAUACUCACCAGGCCAAAAAUCAUCUUGGCAUGUCAAAGUAUCCCAUGGUUCCUGGGCAUGAAGUGGUUGGUGAGGUGGUGGAGGUGGGAUCAGCUGUGAGCAAGUUCAGAGUAGGAGACGUGGUUGGAGUUGGGCUCGUUGUGGGUUGCUGCAGGAACUGCAAUCCUUGUAAAACAGACAACGAGCAAUACUGCAACAAGAAAAUCUGGACAUACAGUGACGUUUACACCGAUGGGAAACUCACCCAAGGCGGCUUUUCUGCUGCCCUAGUCAUCGAUCAAAAGUUUGCGGUGAAGAUACCAGAUGGCAUGGUGCUGGAACAGGCGGCGCCGCUGUUGUGCGCCGGGGUGACGGUGUACAGCCCACUGAGGCAGUUCGGUCUGAAUAUGAGUGGGUUAAGAGGAGGCAUAUUAGGACUUGGGGGUGUAGGACACAUGGGGGUGAAGAUAGCAAAGGCCAUGGGACACCAUGUGACUGUGAUAAGCUCUUCUGACAAGAAAAGAGUGGAGGCUAUGGAACAUAUUGGGGCUGAUGAGUACCUGAUCAGCUCAGAUGCCACUAAAAUGCAAGAGGCUGCUGAUUCGUUGGAUUACAUUAUCGAUACAGUGCCUGUGGUCCACCCUCUUGAGCCCUACCUCUCUUUGUUGAAGCUUGAUGGGAAAUUGAUCUUGAUGGGUGCUAUCAACGACCCUUUACAAUUUGUCUCCCCCAUGCUCACGCUUGGGAGGAAGACAAUCACAGGGAGCUUUGUGGGGAGCAUGAAGGAGACACAGGAGAUGCUUGAAUUCUGCAAAGAGAAAGGAUUGAAAACAAUGAUUGAAGUGGUUAAGAUGGAUUAUAUCAACACAGCCUUCGAGAGGUUAGAGAAAAACGACGUUAGGUACAGGUUCGUUGUGGAUGUAGCUGCCAGCAAUCUUCAUCAAUAG